AUGCGUGGCCGCGAGUUCCCGCUCGUCCUGCUGGCGCUGGUGCUCUGCCAGGCGCCCCGGGGGCCGGCCGCCCCGGUGUCGGCGGGCGGAGGGACCGUGCUGGCCAAGAUGUACCCGCGCGGCAACCACUGGGCGGUGGGACACUUAAUGGGAAAAAAGAGCACAGAAGAGUCCCCAUAUGUUUAUGAGGGAAGGAGACUGAAGGAACAGCUGAGGGAGUACAUUCAAUGGGAAGAAGCUACAAGGGAUUUGCUAAGCCUCCUAGAAGCGAAGGGGGCCAGAAGCCAUCAGCCACCUCUACAGGAGCCCCUGGGCAUUCGCCAGUUUACUUGGGAUUCAGAGGACAGCAGCAACUUUAAAGACACAGGUUCAAAACUCAAAGGUUCUCAGCCUGAAGGAAGGAACACCCAGCUGAACUGA